AUGCAUGGUGGAAGCCAAGACUUGAGCAAGCAGCUUCAGGAGAUAUGCUGCCAUUCAGAAGAUCGCGUGGCUCUACAAGAGGCCAGAACCCUCGUUCAACAAGGCGCCAACCCUAACAUUCUGGAUGCUCGGCACUUCUUCUGCUCUCCUCUUUUUCAUGCAGUACAAAGAAAUUUAGUCAACACUACCUUACUCCUGAUUAAGCAUCAGGCGAACAUCAAUCAGCCAAAUCGAUUGGGCUUUAGGCCAUUGCAUAUUGCUGCUGUGUACGGGAGCGUUGAAUGCAUUCUGCUACUGUUGAGGGCAGGAGCUGACAUCAAUGCAAAGACUGUCUUCGGGUUUGACGCGUACAAUAUGGCUGUG